AGUAUUGCUUUGGCAAAGCACAAAAUGCAUUUCAGAAAUUUUAACUACAGUUUUAGUUCUCUGAUCGCCUGUGUGGCAGAUAGUGAUGUCUUCAAUCAAGCAGAAACAAGGGCCAAAUUUGAAUCACUGUUUAGAACAUACGACAGAGAUAUCACCUUUCAGUAUUUUAAGAGCUUCAAAAGAGUACGAAUAAAUUUCAGUAACCCUUUAUCUGCAGCAGAUGCUAGAAUACAGUUGCACAAGACAGAGUUCCUUGGAAAAGAAAUAAAACUGUAUUUUGCUCAGACUUUGCACAUUGGAAGCUCACAUUUGGCACCACCAAAUCCAGACAAACAGUUUUUGAUUUCACCCCCUGCCUCUCCACCUGUUGAUUGGAAGCAAGUAGAAGAUGCUACUCCAGUCAUUAACUAUGACCUUUUAUAUGCUAUCUCCAAGUUAGGACCAGGAGAAAAGUAUGAGCUACAUGCUGCAACUGACACAACUCCCAGUGUUGUCGUCCACGUAUGUGAGAGUGACCAGGAAAACGAUGUGGAGGAAGAAACAAAGAAACCCAAACCAAGAAUUAUUCAGACCAGAAGGCCAGAUUAUACUCCUACCCAUUUAAGUUGAGCUGCUGUUGUUUUUCCAAGGGUAACAAGCAGACAUAUGCAACGGAAAUGUUUACUGUGGAAACAGCAGGUCACAGGUUUGUGGCAACAGCAGCAGUCAUAGUAGCAGAAACUCCAAUACAAGUUUGCUCAGAAAAAAAAUACAGGAAGUUUCAUCCUUAUUUUUGAUGCUACGGGUUGAUGGAUGACAUGAGUGUAUUCUGGGAUCACUGGGAACGAAAGAUAGGCAGAAGAAAAUGUUUUGAGACCUAACAGGACAAACUAGGUGUUUUUUCUGGGGGGG